CGCACAGUUUUUGCGUUCGGUUUCCGAACCUUUUUCUCGAUCCAAGGUUGUGGGUCGCUCUUCCGAAUUGGUGUGCCAACGUACCACGCAAACHCCAGCAGAAACACACCGGGAGGAAAUCGCGAGAUCGCGAGAGAGCCGCGGGGCACACCGAAGAACAACGCCAUGAAGGACUCGCCGCCGUCGCCGUCGUCGUCGCCGUCGCUGCCGGUCCCGCACCACGGCAACGACGGCAACGGCAUCGACAACGACAACAGCGACGACCGGUGGAAGAGGAGAGGUGGCCUGCGGCCCCGGUUCACCCGGCGGCGCCAAUCGACGACCAUCGUCCGGCGGUCCACGAUCGUCGAGGCACCCGGGAAGGACGCCUGGGGCCUCGACGAAACCACGGAGCAGCACGAUGGCGAUCCGCAGCAGCAGCAGCAACAACAGCAAUAUUUCCAGCAGCAGCAACAGCAGCAGGAGGAGUGCGAGGAAGCCGUCGGCCCCGUUUCCUUCUUGUGCGGGAUCACCGCCGGUGUCCUCCAGGCGGGACUCUUCAAUCCCUUCGACCGGGCCCUCUACCUUUCCAUCACCAACGAGGUUCCCUUUCUGAGGAGGGAGAACUUCCGGAACCCCUACACCGGCUUUUUGCAAUCGGUCGGCCACCGGGCCCUGUCGGGGGGCCUCUACUAUCCGCUGGAAAACUUUUUCUGCGGGGCGCUCCUGGGUGCUCACUCGCACCCGCAGCCCCACGAGGAGCACGCCAGCAUCCACCACCACCACCACCACGCUGCUCCGCACUCGCACUCGCACUCGCAUUCACAGCCGCACCCACCGGAGGGCCACCUGCCGCUCCACCCCGCCUUUGCCAAUUUCCUGGCGGGAACCCUGGCCGGGACCACCAACGCGAUGAUCGUCAAUCCCAUYACCGCCAUCAAGUACAAGACCUGGGGCCGGGAGGUCAACCGGGGAAUGGCCACMGARGUGGUGGAGAUGUUCCGCAAGGGGGGCUUCCGCCCCUUCCGGAACGGCCUGGUCCCCACCGUCCUCCGGGACCUGUGCUUCGGCGGGACCUACACCUUUCUGCGCCUCGAGAUCCAGUACGUCUUCCAGCUCCGGCCCGACCAGCAGUGGGGGGCCAACACGGUGGCGGCCUCGCUCGCGACCAUCGUCAGCGCCCCCUUCAACCUGGUGCGGAACGUCCAGUACGCGACACGGUCGAGGGAGCGGGCCGACGGGGUCGCCAAGAUCCUCGGCGACUUUGCCCGGGAGGUCGCGAGCCAAGCGACGACCUGGCGGAGCCUCCGGUACUUCCAGACCCGGCUGAGGAUCGGCUGGGGGACGGUCCGGGUGGGGGUCGGCAUGGCCUUUGGCCAYUCGGUCUACGACCGCCUCAUGGGCGCCUACCACGAGCUCGACCGGGGGAAGCGAUCGGGAACCUGAGGCGAGUCGUAACGAGACGAGGCGGGGCGGAGCCGGCCGGGGCAGGCCGGCCGGCCGCGCAAGGAAUUCCGGUCGGUUCCAAACGCCGUUGCGGUUCCUUCCAAGAAAACACGACACCACAA